GGGCGGGGCGCCAUGGCGGCGGUGCUGCUGCUGGCCGCCGUCGUCGCGGUCGCCGUCGUCGCGUGGGUUUUGCGUCCUCCGAGCGAUCCGAGCCGCCCCCCCUGCAUCGGGAGCCGCGUGCCCUGCCUGGGGGCCGCCCUGCGCCUCGCCAGGGCGCCGCUGGACUUCAUCGAGCGAGCCCGGGCUGAGCAUGGGCCCAUCUUCACUGUGUGCGCCCUGGGGAAGAGGUUCACGUUUGUGACUGAGGAUGAAGGAGCUGAAGUGUUUUUUACUUCAAAGGACCUCAAUUUUGAGCAGGCAGUACAGCGAGUUGUUGAGAAUGCAGUCUCUGUUCCCGCAGAAGCCUUCUAUCAGAAUCAUGGCAAGCUGUACAGCAUGAUGAAGGGGAAAAUGGGUCCCUCCAACAUGCACAUGUUCACAGGCAUGCUGUGUAAGGAGCUGCACGAGCACAUGGCACACCUGGGCACUGCUGGCACAGGAGACCUCAUGGAGCUGGUGAGGCACGUCAUGUAUCCAGCAGUGGUGAACACUUUGUUUGGGAAAGGCAUCUGCCCAACCAGCCAGAGCGAACUCAGGGAGUUUGAAAAACAUUUUUGGAAGUACGAUGAGGACUUUGAAUAUGCUUCUCAGAUGCCAGAGUGCUUCCUGAGGAACUGGUCUAAAUCCAAAAAAUGGCUUCUAAAAUUAUUUGAGAAAGUAGUGUCAGAUGCUGAAAGAACCAACCCUUCAGAGACCACAUCCAAGACACUGCUUCAGCACCUCAUGGAUAACUUGCAAGGAAAACAUCUGGCUCCCAACUACGGUCUCCUGAUGCUCUGGGCCUCCCAAGCAAAUGCUGUGCCUAUUGCAUUCUGGACUCUUGCUUUCAUACUCUCUUAUCCUGCUGUUUACAAGAAAGUCAUGGAAGACCUGACUUCUGUUUUUGGCAACGCAGGUAAGGAUGAAAUAGAAGUCUCUGAAGAGGACCUGAGGAACCUCCCUUAUGUGAAGUGGUGUGCUUUGGAAGCCAUAAGGCUGAGGUCUCCAGGUGCAAUCACCAAGAAAGUAAUAAAGCCAAUAAGAAUUCAGAGUUUCACCAUCCCUGCAGGUGACAUGCUGAUGCUGUCUCCAUAUUGGCUGCACAGGAAUCCGAAAUAUUUUCCCGACCCAGAAAUGUUCAAACCUGAUCGUUGGAAAGAGGCAAAUUUAGAGAAGAAUGCUUUCUUGGACGGCUUUGUGGCAUUUGGAGGAGGGAAGCAUCAGUGUCCAGGAAGAUGGUUUGCUAUCAUGGAAAUCCAGUUGUUCGUUGUGCUGUUCCUGUACAAAUACCAGUUUGUGCUUUUGGAUGCAGUACCAAAGGAGAGCCCUUUGCAUUUGGUGGGGACACAGCAACCCCUGACACCAUUCCGGGUCCAGUAUAAAGGCUGGGAAUGAAGGGAGCCCAGUACUGACUUGCCUUUCUUUGCCUGGAUGAAUGGACUGCUGAGCUGCUUCUCUGCUCUUCGUAUUCAAACAAGUUCUCUGCUGUUACAGUUCUUAAUUCCAACUUUACAUUGUGUACAUACUCUGUGUUGCAAUAAGCCAUGACAACACAGUCUUAUCUAUGGUCUUCUUCCCAAUUGCCUACCUCCUAGUAUUAAAAUAUCAAGCUCUCCUGCCAAA